ACCCUGUAGAUUCUAUUAAAAUUUUAAACGAUCAACCACGUCGAUAUUGUUUCUUCCAGCGGUACGUUUUCUAGUUGCAUCGGUUAAUAUUCAUUUGUCUGCGCGUUAUUUCCAACAACAUCGACGAAGGUUUCGAAAACAGGUUCAAAAUUUAGCACCGGGUACAACGCCACUGUCCGAAUCAUGAAUCCCAUGAAAUUACGAUUCUACACCGAGAGAUUCGAGAAAGAAAACAAGUACCUACAGUUGCAAGAGAAAUUCGUGGCCAUACCGCGAACGAACGCAUUAACCAGCAAAUUUUACGCGAAACACGACGUGAUCCCAGCGUCCGAGGUUCGACAGGAGUACGUCGACUUGAUUACGAAGCGAUUUAUCUCGAUCCCAAAGGAUAUUUACUCGUUCAGACCACCGACGGUCAACAUGGAAUACGGCUGGUUCACGGAACCAUUGAUACCUAGAACAACGGAUUCGAGGCUAUCGUUUCCCAGAAAAAGAAUAGACUUUAUCGCGAACGAGCUUCAGAUUCGUCACGUUCAGAGAGGCCUGCCGGUCGAAAAGUUUACCGGAAUACCGUUCAUAGUUUAA